AUGCAUAGAAUUAAGUUACUUAUCUACUUUACAGUCAUAGUGGUUUCUUUACUACCUUUCAAGAAGUUCAAUUUUAUACGUUGGUUUACAAUGUCAUCAUCAUCACACCCAUAUUACAAGGAGCUUCAAGUUGCCACCCUUGCAGUCAAGAGAGCAUCUAUAUUGACAAAGCAAUUGAGCGAUUCAAUUUCCCAGGCUAAAUCGGGAACAAUCACCAAAGAGGAUAAAUCACCAGUGACAAUUGGUGAUUUUGCAAGUCAAGCUAUUAUCAAUAAUGCUAUAAAGUUGAACUUCCCUUAUGAUGAAAUUGUUGGUGAGGAAGAUUCAAAGGAUUUGCAAGACAAUUCCAAACUCUCCUCUGAGGUGGUGAGCUUAAUUACCAAAGUGCAAAAAGAGACCAGUGAAUAUGAUGACUUGAUUGGAACUUUAACCAAUGAAGAUUCCAUUUUCAAAAGCAUCGACUGUGGAAAUUCUGAAGGUGGAUCAAAGGGAAGAUUCUGGGCAUUAGAUCCUAUUGACGGUACAAAAGGGUUUCUUAGAGGAGAUCAAUUCGCCGUCUGUUUAGCACUUAUAGAUCAAGGAAAAGUUGUUCUUGGAGUGAUUGGAUGUCCCAACUUAUCGCAGUAUGUUGAAUCUAACGAGAAACAUCACGGAACAGUUGGUGGAUUAUACCUGGCUAUUACUAGUCAAGGAUCAUACUAUUCAGAUUUAUUUACACCAGGAUUCAAACCAUUAAACCAACAACAACGUAUACACAUGUCAAACCGUGAUUCUCCCAAGGAUUUGAAAGUGUUGGAAGGUGUCGAAAAGGGUCACUCUUCUCACUCAACACAAGCUCAAAUCAAAGACAAGAUUGGAUUUGAUCAAAAUAAAGUCUCGACACAAACUAUCAAUUUAGAUUCACAAGUCAAAUAUUGUCUAUUAGCCAGUGGUCAAGCUGAUAUUUAUUUGCGUUUACCUAUAGAUGACACUUAUAGAGAAAAGAUCUGGGAUCAUGCAGCUGGAAAUGUAUUGAUUUAUGAAGCUGGUGGUAAAGUGGGUGAUAUAUAUGGUACUCCAUUGGACUUUAGUAAAGGUAGGUACUUGAAUUCCAAGGGUGUCAUUGCUGGAAACAGCAAAAUAUUCAACACCGUCAUUGACGCUGUGAAGGACGUUUUGAAACUUAAUUAA